UGCUCUUAGAAUUUCCCAUAUUGUUUUCGCUAAGCAGUCACUUCCUCAAUUCAGUGGUCAACGGUAGGGUCAUAAUCGUAGUGUCAGUCAUGGCAGGGGGUCCACACGAGCGUUGGAGUAAUCAGGUCGAGUAUUUGUUAUCGUGUCUGGGAUAUGCUGUAGGUAUUGGUAAUUUGUGGCGAUUUCCAUAUUUAUGCUAUCGUAAUGGAGGGGGGGCAUUCUUAAUUCCAUAUCUUUUGACAUUAUCAAUAUGUGCGAUUCCUCUAGUCUAUUUGGAGACCACGUUGGGCCAGUUCGCAAGUGCAGGAUGUAUUUCUGUUUUCAACAUUACUCCAUUGUUCAAAGGGGCCGGAUACACGAUGGUCGUUUUAAACGUAAUAGCCGUUAUAUACUUCGCGGUGUUAAUGGCAUACCCGAUACUGUACAUAUAUCACUCCUUCAGCUCGCCACUACCUUGGCAAGAGUGUGGGAAUUCGUGGAACACGGAUAGAUGUGCCGAGAUAAAUAGUAAUUCUAGUUUGUUACUUAAUGGAACUGCUAAGACACCGGAAGAUGAAUUCUUUCACAUACGACUUCUACAAAUGUCUCCAAAUAUCACCCAAAUUGGUGGAAUCGUGUGGCCAGUGUUUUGGUGCAAUUUAAUCGCCUGGAUACUAGUUUACCUUAGCAUUAGUAACGGCGUGAAAAGUGUUGGAAAGAUUGUUUAUAUAACGGUUUCGUUUCCAUAUAUCGUCCUACUUGCUUUAUUAGUGCGGGGAACAACAUUGCCAGGGGCUUGGCAGGGUAUAUUAUAUUACGUAUUGCCAGAUUGGAGCCAAUUAUGUAAAUCGAAGGUAUGGGUUGAUGCUGCUACCCAAGUUUUCUUCUCAGUGGGGCCGGGAUGGGGUGGACUAGUUAGCAUGGCUAGUUUCAACAGAUUUAAUUACGACAAUUUACGGUCCUCAAUAAUUAUACCGGUGGUGUGUUGUGGUACCAGCAUUCUGGCUGGCUUUGUGGUAUUCUCCGUUCUAGGUUUCGCUGCCGAGCGAGCUGGUGUGCCAAUAGGAGAAGUAGCUACAGCUGGUCCAGGGUUAGCUUUCGUGACGUAUCCAGCAGCAGUCGCAAUGAUGCCAGCACCUAACUUCUGGGCUAUCAUAUUCUUUAUAAUGCUGUUCUCUUUGGGAAUCGAUUCCAUGUUCGUCACCAUAGAAGCGGUGAUUUCUGGUAUUCUAGAUGAGUUUCCCCAGCUAAGAACAAAGAAAAGGAUAAUAACAUUUGUCACGUGUGUUUGUUUGUUCUGUUUAUCCAUCAUUUGUACUACGAGGGGUGGAUUGCAUAUCGUUGAUCUCCUAGACGCCCAUGUAGCCAUUGUAAGUGUGCCUUUGGUGUGUUUCUUGGAACUAAUAGCGGCUGCCUACUUGUAUGGACCUAAAAACACGGCCGCAGAUAUGGAAUUCAUGACGGGACGACCUUUGAAAAAAAUAUGGAUGGUUUUAUGGCGAUAUGUUGUACCGACGAUUUUAUUGAUAAUGAUUGCAUACUCUCUAAGCCAGGCAUCAGGUAUAGCAGGAUGGUUCGUCGCUCUGAUCGCUGUAGUCUUCGUUCCAAUACACGCAGUCCGACUUCUGUUUAAAACUAAGGGAUCCUUUAAACAGAGACUUCGGUCAUGUUGUCAACCGAAUAAUUUGUGGGGUCCUGCGGAGCCGGAUAUCCGGAUUUGUUGGGAGGCUGCAAAACGUCAGACAUUCCCUCUAGAAGCCACAUCUAAUUGUGUACAAAGAAAAAAUUAAAUUGUAUAAAAAAUGUUUCCCUAAUUUAUGACAGCAAACUCUAACUAAUAAGAAAUUUACAUUUUAAUUCUAGCCAUGUUAAGGGCAAUUUACAUACAUUUCUAAUAAAAAAACUUUAAAUUUUGUAUAUUAUUUGGACGUAAUGGACCGGAUAUAGCGGAGCGGUAUUCUCCUGUGGAUCAUAUAAACUAUGUGUGGUUUUGGAACCACAAAUCAUUAUAUGUUUAGGAAAUAAAAAAAGUAAAUAAUUUCAUAAAGAAGGUAUUUAAUUAUCCCAAGGGAACUACUGAAUAAGACUUGUUCUGUUCUCAUAAGAACCUAUUCUUUAAGUUAACAAAGUUGGUAUAGAUACUUUUCU